AUGUGGUCAGCUGACGACAUUGCUGAGCUGUGUUACCUGCAUUAUAGGACCAGACUCCCUAAGCAGGGGAAGCCAGAUCCAAACAGGGAAUGGACUUCACUGGCAGCUGUUGUCAAAGUGGAGUCUGCAGCCCAAAGAGAGGUUCUUGCUAGUCCAGGGAAUCUGCAGGUAACGAAGGAAGUUGUUGCUAUGGGAACUGGAACAAAAUGUAUUGGCCAAAACAAAAUGAGAAAAACUGGAGACAUUCUGAAUGACAGUCAUGCUGAAAUUGUGGCCAAGAGAAGCUUCCAGAGGUAUCUUCUCCAUCAGAUGUGGCUGGCAGCUUCCCAUCAGCAAUGCAGUAUCUUUAUUCCGGGAACUGAAACCGGGAAAUGGAAACUCAAACCAAAUAUCAUAUUUGUUUUCUUCUCCAGUCAUACCCCAUGUGGAGAUGCUUCUAUUAUUCCAAUUACCGAACCAGAGGACCAGCUUCCUAAGCCAGGGACUGGAGAUGGUGCAGCUGGACAAUCAGCAGAGUGUAGAAGUAACCAUGAUCAUUUGGGUUCAGAAGAUAAAAGGACAUCAGAGAAAAUGGCAAGUAAUCAUAUAACCAAGAGAAUGAAAACUGAUGACGAUGGUUGUUUUGCCAUAAUCACUGAAGACCUGGCUGUUCAGGAAGUACCUGUGAAACGAAAAGACGACACAAAUCCAAAGAGCUGUGAAUGUUCUGCAGAGAAGCAAACAGCUAAUAAGGAGACUGGCUUAGGGAGACCAAAGAUAGUAGAUGUUUAUAGAACUGGAGCAAAAUGCGUACCUGGAGAGCUGGGUGAUGCCCGAACACCUGGGCUAGAGUAUCACUGUGUGGGAUUAUUACGAGUGAAGCCGGGUCGCGGGGACAGAACAUGCUCUAUGUCCUGCAGUGAUAAACUCGCUCGCUGGAAUGUGUUAGGGUGUCAAGGAGCUCUUCUGAUGCAUUUCCUGCAGUAUCCAUUGUACCUGUCAGCAAUUAUAGUGGGGAAGUGUCCAUAUAGCCAAGAAGCUAUGCGGAGAGCAAUUAUUGAAAGGUGUCAGCACAUCUCAUUUUUACCAGAUGGCUUUCUCCCUCAGGAGGUUAAGCUGCUGCAAUCGGAUCUUCGAUUUGAACAUAGCCGGCAGGCAAUUCAGGAAGUUCAAACUAAUGGCAAAACAAAACUUGUUCCUUGUAGUGCAGCUAUCAGUUGGAGUGCAGUCCCUGAGCAACCUCUGGAUGUCACCUCAGAUGGCUUCCGGCAGGGAACAACAAAGAAGGCGAUUGGGAGCCAUCAGAGCAGAUCCAAGAUCUGUAAAGCGGAACUCUUCCAUACAUUCCAAAAGCUGGUGACAAGUAUUUCACAAGAGGAUCUACCAGACACUCUCCGGAUGAAGACUCUAGAAACCUACUGGGACUACAAGGAAGCUGCAUUAAAUUAUCAAGAAGCCUGGAAGGUGCUGCGUAGCCAAGCUCUGCUGGGUUGGGUCAAGAAUGACAAGGAAUACCUGCACUUCACAUGAGAAUACAUGCGGCUAUGUAAAUCCAGCAAUAAGCCCUGGUGCACAGCAGAUACCUCUACAGUUCAAGGGCCGGGAAAAGCUGUCCUCUAGUUCCUGUGCUGUAAGGAGACAGGACUGAAAAGGAAAGCAAUUUAGAGA